UCUGCCAGUAUGGAUCUCAAAGUCGUGUUCAUGAUUGUCUGUCUGUGUGCUUUGGCCAUCGCCUCAACUGAAGCUGGCAUCCCAAAAUGCUGUGUCACAACAAAAAAGGUCAUUCCAAGGCGGAUCCUGUUGAAGGUUCGAAGAUGGGAAAUGCAGCACAGCAACGGUGCCUGUGACAUCUCCGCACUGAUACUGUAUGUAAAGGACAUGAGAAGGCCCGUAUGUGCUCAUCCCAAGCUGAAGAACCAUCUGGUGGUCCUUCAGCUGAGGAAGAAACGGAGAUCAACUAUCUGA